ACCAAUCAUUUGCUUUGUCAACAUCUGCUCAUUGUGUUGGUUCAGCCAUGGGAAUUUUCGCCUACAAUGUCAAUGUGGUAUCCCCAAAUUUUGUUCUUCCCAAAAACCCACUUUUUAUCUCAGAAUUUCCUCUUCCACAGGUUCGCAUUAAUCCCUCACGCAGGUGCAGCAUCACACUUCAAGUAGCUUUCAGCAUGACACAAAACCCAGCAGCUGUGCAGAAGAAAAUUACAGUGCUGAACCAACACAAUGAGAAACUAGCUGGAGUGUUGCAUGAUACUGGAUCUAUGGAGAUCGUGGUCUUGUGUCAUGGAUUUAGAUCGUCAAAGGACUUCAACACUAUAGUGAACCUUGCUGUUGCCCUGGAGAAAGAAGGAAUCAGUGUAUUUCGCUUUGAUUUCCCUGGAAAUGGUGAAAGUGAAGGUUCAUUUCAGUAUGGUAACUACUGUAGAGAGGCGGAUGACUUGCAUUCUGUGGUUGAAUAUUUCAAUGGAGCAAACUGCAAAGUAACAGCAGUCCUUGGACAUAGUAAAGGAGGGGAUGUUGUGCUUCUAUAUGCUUCUAAGUAUCAUAAUGUUCACACAGUCAUCAAUUUGUCUGGCCGUUAUAAUCUAGAGAAAGGCAUUGCAGAGCGCUUGGGGAAGGACUUUCUGGAAAUAAUCAAGAAGGAUAGCUUCAUUGAUGUUAAAAAUAGAGCAGGAAAUGUUGAUUACCGUGUUACCGAGGAAAGUUUAAUGGAUCGACUUAAUACAAACAUGCAUGAUGCAUGCCUUCAAAUUGACAAAGGAUGCAGGGUAUUGACAGUUCAUGGGUCUGCGGAUGAAAUUAUUCCAGUGGAGGAUGCUUUAGAGUUCGAUAAAAUCAUACCAAACCACAAAUUGCAUAUCAUCGAAGGAGCCAAUCAUUGCUAUACAUCACACCAAGCUGAGUUAACUCCUGUGAUCUUGCCAUUCAUAAAGGAAGGUCUGCAACACUCAGCAGCAGAACUAGGACACUAGAUAGGGUUUUAGAACUUGUCUGUGUAAUUCAAAAUUUGCUUCGCCUCAUACUGGUCAUCACUACAAGGGGAUUCUUCAUACUAGAUGUUGAACUUCAGCAGAUUCGGUAUGAGAUGAACAUUUGUUGCACUUCAACGACAUUUGGAUUUGUAUCUUGAGCUUGUAAAAUAAAGGAUUGUAGAACUGCAGACCCCCACAUUUUACCUUUUCUUUGUUGACUGUUUCUCAUUUCAAAUUUAUAACAAUAAUACUUGUUUCACUUUUUAUGACAGUAUUUGAACCAACA